GGGCAUGCUCAGUCGGGCGGGCAGGGCUCCGGGCGCGAGCCGGGAUCCCGCCGCACCGCAUUCAUCCGCUGCCAAGGAAGCCGCCGAGUGCUCGCAGGCUCGGUGCGCACCGCCCGCCCAGAACCCCGCCGCCGCGCCCUCGCCGCCCGGAGCCAUGGCCGGCCUCGGCCACCCCGCCGCCUUCGGCCGGGCCACCCACGCCGUGGUGCGGGCGCUGCCCGAGUCGCUCAGCCAGCACGCGCUGAGGCGCGCCAAGGGCGAGGAGGUGGAUUUCGCCCGCGCCGAGCGCCAGCACCAGCUCUACGUGGGCGUGCUGGGCAGCAAGCUGGGGCUGCAGGUGGUGCAGCUGCCGGCCGACGAGAGCCUCCCGGACUGCGUGUUCGUGGAGGACGUGGCCGUGGUGUGCGAGGAGACGGCCCUCGUCACCCGCCCCGGCGCGCCGAGCCGGAGGAAGGAGGUUGACAUGAUGAAAGAAGCUUUAGAAAAACUUCAACUCAAUAUAGUAGAAAUGAAAGAUGAAAAUGCAACCUUAGAUGGAGGAGAUGUCUUAUUCACAGGCAGAGAAUUUUUUGUGGGCCUUUCCAAAAGAACAAAUCAACGAGGUGCUGAAAUCUUGGCUGACACUUUUAAGGAUUAUGCAGUCUCCACAGUCCCAGUGGCUGAUUCUUUGCAUUUGAAGAGUUUCUGCAGCAUGGCUGGCCCCAACCUGAUUGCAAUUGGGUCUAGUGAAUCUGCACAGAAGGCCCUCAAGAUCAUGCAACAGAUGAGUGACCACCGCUAUGACAAGCUCACUGUGCCUGAUGACAUGGCUGCAAACUGUAUAUAUCUAAACAUCCCCAACAAAGGACACGUCUUGCUGCACCAAACCCCAGAAGACUAUCCAGAAAGUGCAAAGGUUUAUGAGAAACUGAAAGACUAUCUGCUGAUUCCCGUGAGCAUGUCUGAACUGGAAAAGGUGGAUGGGUUGCUCACCUGCUGCUCGGUUUUUAUUAACAAGAAGGUGGACUCCUGAGCCGCAGACUCCCUCCCUUGUAGCCGCUGAGAUGGCCCAGGCCAGGCUGAUGACUCUGUACCCACUCCCGUUGUUUUUCUUGACAAUCUACUGUGCCACUGUGCUACUAACUCUUGUUUACAAAAAUUUAAUUCUAAGUUUAAUUGCUUCUUUUUCUGAACCCUCAUCCUCCUUCCCCUCACAGUGGUACCUAAGCUGUGAUAUGCUACAUGAAUUAAGCAACCUAGAAAAUAUAGAACUAAUGAGUCAUUGAAAUGUGAUUAAUAUUAGUAUGGAAACACUCAUUUUAGUGUUCGUAUUAUCAGUGUGAAAAUCGUUUAGUUGCCGUAUAUUCCUAAGAAUGUCUUCUUGAUCAGUCCGAUAAGCUAGCUUUUUUCCUCUGUAUCAUAAAUCAUGUUUGGUUCCUGUGAAAUUCCUGAUCCAGUGAUUCUCCCCAUUUUUCUCUUUUUUUUCUUCUGAAUUCUAAAAACCUUUUUUCCAAGUACUUUCUUUUGCCUUUCCCACUUCUAUCACAGCCGCCUUGACCUUGGGUAAAACCCAAGGUCUUGCAUUCUGGACACCUUCCUGCAGGUCAGCCCUCACUGCCUUCAGUCUCCUCUGCCUCUCGGCAGACACAUCUUCUGUCACUGCUACCCCACCGCUACCUCCCCUGGCAGGCCAAACAGAGUGACAAAAAUCAGAGUGUCAGUGUUAGCUACACAGAGGCACAUCCUCACAGGUUUGCCUGGGAGCUCCAAAUUUCAGAAGUAGGGCACCACACCCAGGAAGGUAAAUUCAGCACCAGAUGGUUGCUAAGGGCUCUUAGAUCAAGAACUGCAGAAACAUCCCAUGGGUACAAUAUCACAGAGAGCCUCUAAGGCACAUUCCAUGAAUUUUUACCUCAUUGCUGUUCAUGUAGGACCUGAAGGAAAGACUUACUUUUUUCCUUCAGCUUAUUUCUGCUCCCUCUCCCCAACUCACCCUAUUUCCAGCUUCCAGUCCUUACAAUUAUCCUGGUCUCACAAAGUCAUUUCUUUCCAAAGAGAGAUCUAAAAAUGAUUAUUGAUGGUCUGGUGAGAGUCAGAGGGAGCGGCCGGGCCCCCUAUAGUCAAGGAGCAUAUUCAGGAAAUGAGCAACUUGGUACCUGAAACCAACCUCAAACAACGGGUGAUUCUACUUUGAAAUAUCCAUGAAUACUUAUUGUGGAAUUCAAUUAAAACUUCUUUCUUCUCUAGCCUUCAGGUUGCACAGCUUUCAACAGACAUGGCUGUCUUAAAAAGAACAAUGCCACAGUGAAGGUAGGGAUCAUUCUUUUACUUAGAAUUGAAAGAAUCAGGCUAGGGAUAUGGUACUUUCCAAGAAAUGGUGACAGAUCGAGGCAUGUUAUCAAAGCUCCUAGUCAUCUCCACCUUUCCUGUGUUUCCUUGUGGCUUGUUGUGUAAGAUUUAAAAUCAGGGAGACUAAGAAAUAUUUCUUGAAAUCUCACUCUGCUUACCUCUGUGUUUGUAAUCAAACCACUAUUAUGUUGCUGAACAAGAGAGAAUUAUCUUCACUCAUUUUACUCCCCCUCAGCAGAUGGAAGCAAGAAGCCUGUGGGAAAAUGAAGAAAUCCUUAACCACUGUCUGUCUUUUUCAUUUACUUGAUGAUUUUAUGCCAGUAAUUUGAAGAAAUACCGUAUCCGCUUUCUCUUCCUUAUUGUUUGACUUUAAAUUCAUAUCACAUGCAAAUAUCUAGCAAUGUGCCUCCUGUGAAUGAACCAUAUCUUGGUUAGUAUCAUAUUUUGAAACAUCUCAUCAUGAGUGAAUAAUAUUUUUACCAGAGAAAAUGAAUGUUAGCCACAUGCUCAAGUUAAUAAAGAAAAGUUGUUCUCAGUAAUUAAGGUUGCCCUUUUGGGUUAAAUCUGGCCUUACACUGGCAAAAAGCAGAAAUUCUCCCUGGGAGAGCUCACCAACUCAAAAACAACCACAAGAAAAACAAUCCAAUCAGCCAGUUUAGGCUAACUGGCAUAUAAUUUUCAAUAGCAUUCCUUCUGUCAUCGCUAAAAUUAAAGGACUGUUCUGUAUUACGUUUAGUUAACUGCAAAUGAAUAGAUUUUCCUUUUUAACAGUUUAUUCUGCCAAGGGCAGUUUUAUAUUUUCCCUUUCCUUUGCUUCUUUGCCUUUCCUUCUCUUUUUCUUGAGAAAUCACAUAGAUGCUUUGUGCCUCUUUUACAUCUUAUUCUGCAUUGCUGUGUCAUCUACCAGGAUGGUUUCUUUUAACUCCGCAUUUAAUAUGAAGAUGUGAAAACCUAAAAUAUCUGCAGAAGAAUAGUAUUACUUUUUUGAUGUUCUCUCAUCAGCAUAAUGUUAUCUUUGAAAAAGAAAGAUACCCAUUACAUAGAUUCCUCUUUGUCCACUGUGACUUGUAAAGAUGGAUAAACUAACAGACACUGGUUUUGGACAUUAUAAAAACAUGAGGAAUUAUUAAGUAAAUAAAAGUUGAGUCAGAAAUAUUUGGUUAGUAUGAUUCAAUUUAAUAAAAAGACAAUGUAGGGCAAAUACAUUAUUAGCAUUAUUUCUUUAACUAUGAUGGAUUGCUCUGGAAAUCAGUGGGCAGAUCUCUCUAAUGUGUAUUGAUUGCUUUUUUAAGCUACUGUGAACAGAUUACAGUGGCCAUUUCUUCAUCUUUAAAAGGGAAGUAGUCUAUAGAUGAAUAAUAUGACUUAUGUAGAGUUGCAUGUUGGUCUUUGUAAUUAUUUACUCUUUAACAUGCUACAAAGCUCAGACAUGAUUUCAACAUGGUGUUAGAUUUGUACAAUUUACUUUCCUACCCAUCUUGUUCCAGCCAAUGUAUGGAUCCACUCUCUGUGCCAAAACCAGUAAUGCCUUUCAUGGCCCAUUAGUCCAGAGAAGUUCUGUACUGAUUUUAGUCUCUUGCUUUCCUAAUCCUACAUAUAUAUGAAUCAUGAUGGAAUAAAGUGUGAGUUGUACUGUGA